ACAUUUAGAAAUGGGUGAGUUUCUUUGUUCUUUGUAAUAAAACCUAGAGGACCAUUGCUGGUUCAACCACUUGUCUUUUUAAAGACAAAAAGGGUCUGUCCAUGAGCAAGACACAGUUAAAGCUUAACUGGUCUGAUUAUAGUCUCCUUGCAUUACUGGUGUGUGAGUGGGUAAAUGACAGAAAUUAUUGGUCAGUCACUUUGCUGGAUUAACUAGUAAUUUAUUUAUGAAUUUGUUUGUGACGGUGUCAGCAGAAAAGUUUUUGGAGGACCUUUUUUCGACACCACCCACCACUAAAUCUUGUUGUCCACAAACGGCACACGUCUUGUCACCAAUCCUUGAACAAAGCACUUCACAGUCUAUGGACUCCACAAUGAUUGAAACUCCCAAAAGGACACAGCAGAGAAAAAGGAGUCGUUUUUUAGAGUUUCCAACUCACACCUCAACCCCAGCCGGCAGGUCUCAGCGCCAGCCACAUGGCACUAACAGAACUCCACGCAGCAGAUAUCCUGAAGCUUCUGGGACUCGGUGCCACACCAGCACACCGCCAGAAGCCAGCAGGUCUAAGCGCCAGCCACAUGGCACUCCCAAGACUCCAAGCGACAGAUAUUCUCAAGCUUCUGGGACUCGGUGCCACACCAGCACACCGCCACAAGCCGGCAGGUCUCAGCGCCAGCCACAUGGCACUACCAGAACUCCACGCAACAGAUAUUCUCAAGAAAAGCAAGACAAGUUUCCAAUGUCUGAAAAAAGAUUCCAAAGAAAGGUUCUGAUGCUUCUUCUAGAAAUAAAAGAAGAGCUAAGAAGAGUUGGACAAAGGGUUGAACCAGACACUGUCUACUUUGGAGAGCGUAGAGGAAUUACAGCACUUGGAAAGGAAGUUGAUAAAUGAGUAGACCUGGGCAGCAAUGGUGUCAGCGCUGUGCAAAAUAGGAGGAAGAAACCUCAAGGACAGUGCAAGAAGGAUGCUGGAUAGGUUACCACAGCGAGCAGGAUGCAGUUCAUGGCCUGACCUGAUGGUAGAGCGGAGAAUGGGAAGUGGGGACCUGACAAGAGCUGAGAUGAUAGAGCUGGAUAAAGAAGGACGCGGUCUCUUGACAUGUCUUCACCACAAAACUUCAAAUGUUAUUAAAUUAGUAAUGAUAAUCUUAAACUACAAUUUAUUUUAUUAUUAAGUUUAUUUAUUUUAUUUAGCCUUGUUGUGCAAGUUCUCUGGAGCUUGUGCAGAGGCAGCAGCUUUUGCCAGAGGGGAACUGGAAUCCCCUGGUUGGGCCUGGGUUCUCCUGAGGUUUUUUUUCUCGAUUAGAGUUUUGGGUUCCUCGCCACCGUUUGCAUACUGUUUUUGCACUAUCUGCCUGACCGGGGGGGCUGCUUUAGAAUCUUAAAGUUUUACUUAAUUAAUAUUGCAUAUAGGAAUUUAUUAUCUGUUAUAUUUGACCUGUGCUUCUCUCUCCUUUAUCCUAAAUGUGUGCUCUCACUGAGCGUGUGUGUGUGUGUGUACUUGUCUGUGUACGUACGUGUGUGUGUGUGUGUGUGUGUGUGUCUCUGUGUCUGUGUGUGUUGGUGUGUGUGCGUGUUGUGUGUGUGGAGUGUUUUGUGUGUGGGUGUGUCUGUCUUCUGUGUUUUCAACCUUUUCUUGUUUUUGCAGGUACAACUUUGAUUGUUUUGCUUGUAGUCAAUGUGUCUCAUGUACAGCUGCUUUGUAACAAUGAAAAUUGUAAAAGCGCUAUAUAAAUAAAGUUGAGUUGAGUUGAGUAUACAGUACAGCCACAGUCAGUUGUUAUCGCAGAAUAAACCCCAACAGGGUGAUCAGAACCCGACAUGAAGCAGAGGGAUACUGUCCAUUACACUAAAGGGAUUUAUUUUGCGAUAACAACUGGCUGGGCGUACAUUAUCCUGAUUACUGUAUUGCCUCAUUAGUGAAUUACUGGACAUGAAAUAUUGAUUUGAAUACAAAUUAAGUCCCUUUUCUUGCUUGUUUAAGACAAGUUCAAACAAGACAAACAUGCAAUUUAAUCAUUUGUAAAUAUAAUGUUGUAUGUUAUUAUUAUGGAUAUUUAUAUUAUAUUCAUGCGUAAUAUUAAACUGCAUUGGUGAAGAUGACUCACAGUUCUCGGAUGACCCUGUGUUUUGAGCGAUUGUUAUUGGGGAAUAACAUCCCUUGGAAUGUUGCAACUAGCCAAUCAGAAUCAGUAUUGCAGAGUGGCAUUUAAUAUUAUUAAAAUAAGUGAAUACACAAGAAGAAAUGUCCUUGAAUUUCCAAGAUCACAGCAAGCAAAUGAGUCCAGUAUUAUCCAAAUAAGGCUCAUAAAGGCCUUGGGUCAAGUGAUGGAUGAUGUUGAGCUGUAGCUCAAGGAUCUGUCCCUGCUGUGGGUAUUACAUUUAUUCAUUUGACAGUUCUAUGGGCUGCCAUAGACACAAUGGCGGACAGUGUUGGGUGUAACUAGUUACUAAGUAAUUAGUUACUGUAAUUUAAUUACUUUUCCCUUGAAAAGGGAUUACUCUUAUUUUUUAUUUAAUUUAAUUAGUUACUUCAUAAGUAAUCAAACUAAAUAAUGUGUGUAAUAUAUGUGUGUGCACAUUUUAAACUUUAAAUUUGAUUUAAAUUUGAUUUGAUUAACUUUAAAAUGCGUUUUUUAAUGUAUAAUACUCAUAUUUGUAAUAGUUUGGUCAGUUAAUAAUACUACUUUAUGUAGUUUUAUAUUAUUUAUUUGAAUGAAUUAAAAGAGCCGUUUCAUGUCUAUCCUUGAAUCACUUAACAAAUCAAGGUUGAUAGGAUAUAGAAAGUAAUUAGUAAAAAGUAAUUACAUACCUUUUGGGGAGAGUCAUUUGUACAGUAAUCCAUAGGGGUGUAAUGAUACUUCGUAUUACGAUAUUUCGCGAUGCAAAAAUGUUACGAUGCACAUCGUAGAGAGAUGGGGAUAUUUGACGAUAUGUUUAAUUCUAUUCGUUCAGUGGUCAAGACGCUACCUACUCUGCGCCAGCGCGUCACGUGUGCUUAUCUCACAUAUGCGGUAGAGAGAGAAGUCUCUGGGAGAAGGGGAAGCACAAGACACAAUCUGUGUCUCAAAGUAUUAAAAGGUCGAAUGACAUGCUAAAAACAAGUAUGUGAUUUGCAUGAUUGAAGAAAUGUAUUCAGUUUAUGCAAUAUGUCUUUUUGAAAGAUUUUUCUCAUUCAUUACUGUCUCAAGCUAAGACAGCACAGCUUCAAAGAGACAUGAGCCAAUAGCGCUUGAGUGUGAGCUCUGUCAGAGCAUUUCAUUGGUUGAAUGUACUGAAUGAACACGCCCUUCACUGAACGAACGAGUCAAUCGAGUCAAAAUGAGACUGAAUGAACUGCUACAUGUCGUUCAUGGUCUAAUAUUCUCUGUGUUACGACAAUGCAUAUCCAGUAGUUACUCAACUUUUCUGAAAAAUAAAGGUAAUGACCUGGUUUAAUUUAAUUCCAAGGUAAAGUAAAUAUGUCGAAACAGUUAAAUCUUUGUAUGGAACAUUUAAUUACACCAAUUAAAUGAGUUAAUCCAGAUAAUAUAAUGUAAAUUUCGUCGACUAAAAAUAGACUAUGACUAAAACUAAAUCAAAAUUUGCUGUCAAAAUUGACACUGAUCAUAAUUCUAAUUUCAGUUAAGCCUUAAAAUGUAAAAAUUCUUUAUUAAGUUGUAUGUGCAACAAAAUAAGUUAUUGAAAUUGUUAAUAUUUUGAAAAUAAAUGUUAUUUGAAUUUCAGUUUCAUUUUUGAAUUUUGUUCAAAAUAUUGAGAUGUGUAUCAUAUCGUGAACCCAGCAUCGAGAUAUGUACCGAAUCGUGAGCUGAGUGUAUCGUUACACCCCUAGUAAUCCAAUUACACUAUUGAACAUGUAAUGAGUAACUAGUAAUUAAUUACUUUUUCAGAGUAACUUGCCCAACACUGAUGGCGGAAGAAGAAGAAGAAAACUAACGGCUCUAAAAAAGUAACUAAACUUGACUCAUAAGUGCUAAAUGUUAAACAGCAGUCACUUCCGCGAAUUGUCACAUCGUCUGACAAAACCAUCAUACACAUGCGUUGAAGAACGGUGAUUUUGGCAGUAUUACUGUAUGUCUCGUGCAGCACACCCAACGCGAUCGUCUGGCUAACAAACUGUGCACAUGUUCAUGUUUUUAAUAAGUCUACAGUGACAUGUUUUGGGAAAUGCUAUUUAGCACUCAUUGAGAAGUCAUCUGCGGUACGGUAAAUUGAAUGCACUGUUUCUCCCUGCUGCUCACUACACAGAGUAGAUGCAAAGAAAUUUAUUUUGUUUAUCUUGCAGUUUAGUCCUACAGGGCUGAAUGUAUUUGGUUUUCUCCCUUUGUCUACUGCUUGUGUAUGCUACGCUGUAUCUGUGCAUGAGGUUUGCACUCUGCAACUUUUGCAUUUAUACAGAAUUCAACUGAAGUGGGAUCACAGGUAGAUGUGUGGCAUCAACUGAGUGGUUUAUUCAAUCAGAAGAGUUUUUUUUUUUACUAGUACUAGUUUUACAGUUUUAAGGAUUGCCUUUUGUUACAUUAUUACCAUUAUACACUUGGAUGUCUGUCAUUUUAGUUCUAAAUCUCAUUCUAAGAGAGUAAGAACUUCAUUUUAGAGCCAAAUUUGGUCUCAAAAAUUCAGGUAGUGACAACUGUAUUUACAUGAAAUCUGCAUGUGUAGAGAACCAAACUAGUGUGGUGCUAGAAAAGAAAAGCAUUGUCUCAUUAACAAAUUCGCUUUCAUUGAAAUUCAGAGUCAUCCCUGUGGUAUCAGAGAUGCCCAUACAUUACAUUCUUUAGACAGCAAGCUGUGGGGUGAAUAAACACUAAAAGAUUCUUGAGAUUGUGGCCAUAUUGUAGCACUUUCUAAACUGUUUUCAGGCUUGUCUAGAUUUUAUUUUCAACAGCUUUAUCUUUAUCUCAAGUUCCAAAUAAGUACCUUUCAAUUACAGGAUUUUGCACAAAAAAGGCAUUACCACACGGUUGUUCAUACUGUAUAAGCUGUUUUAUUACAUUUACAGUAUAAAAAAGAUGGAUCUAUGUGAUAUUGGUUUGACAGUAACCUAUUUAAUGUGCAUGGAUUACUGGCAGUGUCAAGCACACUGAAGCCCACGAGAUACCCUUAAAUAUGCUAAUUAGCAUGUCAAGAAUCGAUUCUGAAUUGAAUUGUGACCCUAAGAAUCAAUUCUGAAUCUAUUUGCGAGGGACAAACGAUUUCUAACCAUAAUAACUAUUAAACAAAAUUAUUUAUUAUUAUUUUUAAAAUCAUUUUAAAAUGAACAGAAUAGCACAAAUGUCUACACUAGAAGUAUAGGAUGAAAAUACAGGAACAAUAUUUUUAGGAUCACUUUCAGGGUGAUUUAUUUCCAGCUGAUAAACAUUAAAACAUUUACAGGAGAUCAAAAUUCAUAAGAAUUAAAUAAAUAAAAUAAAAAACUUGUACAUUAUGAAUGGCAGGCGACACUGCAACUGCAGCUUAUCGGAGUCUGGAGCCAAGAUUCUUUCAGAUAAUAACUGAUCCGACUCCCCUCUCAACACCCAGUUAUGCCCCCAGAAUUUUUUAAUAUUUUAAUAAGGGUGGCCAGAGGAGACCACAGCAAAUCCUGGGAGGCACACAAAAAAAGGAAUUUAGAUGCUGUUUACAUGAGACCAUUUUCAACUAAAAAGGGAAAACUUGUUAUCCGUUUUGGUCGUUCGUUUACACAACAACAGCGUUUUGGGGGACUGAAAAUGCAAACUUUUGAAAACGGGUCUCAAAAUGCAGGUUUCUGACGAAAACAACUAUCGUCUCCUCCGGAACUUUCUGAAAACGAUGACGUCACAGGCAUGCAUAUUAUGUGUUCAGUAUGUAGGCAUGCGCGAGUAUACCCAAGACAAUAAUGGUGGCCUCCAGUACUGUGUGUCCAUGCUACGCAACAUAAUUAUUAAUGUUUCUCCAGCAAAAAGUAGAUUUACUGCACCACUACGACCAGCGGAUACAUAUUACUUACAUACACCAAACUUGAAACUAAAAACAGAUACAUGUACACACCAACAAAGGGUAUUAAAAGUGCUUUUGGCUUGAAACUGGGUAUGCAUAUUACACAAAUAUAGCAUAGACCAGUGGUCACCAACCCUGUUCCUGGAGAUCGACCGUCCUGCAGACUGCAGCUCCAACCCUGCUUCAGCACACCUGUCUGUCAUUAUCAAGCAAACCUGAACACCUUGAUUAGAUAUUUCAGGUGUGUUUGAUUGGAGUUAGAGCUGAAAUCUUCAGGACGGUCGAUCUCCAGGAGCAGGGUUGGUGACCACUGGCAUAGACCAUGUCUAAAUGAAAAAAAAGCUGACCUUCCACAGUCCCCUGUGCUA